ACUGCAGUAUGCGAAGAUCUGUCACUGAUUCGUGACGUCCGACAGGGUUGCAGGACGCGAGACCAGCAUGGCGUAGGAUUGGGCGCUGAGGGCGGAGUAAGGGUGACCAUGCAGGGUGACCUUUAGUGAAGGGCUAGGGGACUGCAGAAUGGCGGGGAGAAAGCCUGUAAUCUGACGUGGAAGAGACAGCAGCGAGGAACAAGGAAGCUGCAGUGCGAAUACAGAAGAGAGCUUUGUGAGUGACGAUGUGACGCACAGACAUAGAGCGAGGAUAAGCUGGGAUGAAAAGAUGUAAACAUUCCUUUGUGAGGGAGAGUUCAUGCAAGGAAACGUGUGAGUAAGGCGGACGAUCGUGGCAGUAAUGAGUAGUCGAGCGUAAAAGUUCGGGAACGUACAACGUGCGGGCCUCCGAGCUGGCGCGACACAAGGCCCUCAAGACUCUCCGAGUCCAGGUCGCCUUCCUCGACGACUCCACGCAGGUCUUCGAGAUAGAGAAACGCGCUAAAGGCCAGGCGCUGCUGGAUCUCGUGUUCAACCACCUCGAACUGAUCGAGCGAGACUUCUUCGGGCUCCAGUACUUCGAGUCCGCCGUCAACAAUGAGAAUCCGAGGCUCUUAGAGGGACUCCUGGCGAAGCAGAGGUGGCUGGACCCGCUCAAACCCGUGAAGAAACAGCUGCGCAUCAGGACAAAGAGCCUGGGAACAUGUGGUCUGCCGGUGCUCUACUUCCGGGUGAAAUUCUGGGUGAGCGACCCGGGCAAGCUGGCGGAGGAAUACACGCGCUACCACGUGUUCCUGCAGCUUCGGCGGGAUGUGCUGGAAGGGCGCCUGGCCACCCCGCCCUCCACGGCUGCCCUGCUCGCCUCCUACGCCCUGCAGUCCGAACUGGGCGACUACAACAUCGACGAGCACGGCAGCACCUACCUGGCUGACGUGAGGCUCGUCCCCAACCAAAGCGACGAGCUGGAGAAGAAGAUCAUCGAACUACAUAAACUGCAUAAAGGGCAGACUCCAGCAGACGCAGAGUUCAAUUUCUUAGACCAUGCUAAGCGGUUAGAUCUCUAUGGCGUCGACCUGCACAAAGCCAGGUCCGAGAAUUAUGACAGCGUGCUAGGUUUCAACCUUGGCUCCUACCGGGCGUGCAAGUGCCUCUGGAAGUCUUGCGUUGAACACCACACCUUCUUCCGUCUUCACACUCCAAGGACCCCGGCCAGAAAAAACUUACUGACGCUGGGGAGCAAGUUCCGAUACAGUGGUCGCACAGAAUUUCAGACAGUGGAGGAAUGUAAGAGACGGGCAAGAGUGGAGAGGACAUUUGUCAGGUCUCCGUCCAAAAGGUUUGCCCGCCAGACAGUGCCGACCCCGAGCGAUAUCAGCCGCAAACCUCGGUCAGGCUCGGGAUCCUCAGUUAGGCCAAGAACCGACUCCUCAGGGUACAAAGUCACUUCCCUCCAGGGCACCAAGACGCCGAAGAUGGCGUGGGGCGAAGCGCAAACACCAGACACCGAGGGCGGCUUCCCCGACCGUGAGGAUGGCGAGCGCGGUGCGGGCGCGGCUGAAGACGGCGUGGGCGUGGCGAGACUCUUCUUCGGCCUCGUCAGCGGAGAGCGACGUGGGCGCCUCCCCCUCGCCCGACCACCAGCCCGGCGGGAGUGACGAGAGCGCCCACGGCCUGGUCACCAUCCGAAUGAAGCCUGACGAAGGGGGCAAGUUCGGCUUCAACGUGAAGGGCGGCUCCGACCAGAACCUGCCCGUCCUGGUGUCUCGAGUGGCGCCCAACACGCCCGCAGACAGAUGCUAUCCCAGGCUCAACGAGGGCGACCAGGUGCUGCUGAUCAACGGGCGCGACGUCUCGGCGAUGACCCACGAGCAGGUGGUCAACUUCAUCCGCGCCUCCAGAGAGUGCCACUCGGGAGAGCUCGUCCUCACGGUCAAGCAGAACGUGUACCUUGCGGAGGAGCUCGAGGAGGAGCCCGCGUUCCGGUAUGUCCCUGAAGCCCUUCCUUCGAGCGUUACCGUGUCUGGCAACCAGACCGCCCCCCUGCACGAGUCCAUGCUGCUGCUGACUGAGGGCCUGGAGGCCGGGUCACUGGUGGCGCAGUUCGAGCAGCUGUACCGCCGCAAGCCGGGACUCACGGUCAACGAGGCGCGGCGGCAGGAGAACGAGAAGAAGAACAGAUAUCGGGAUAUUUCGCCGUAUGACACAACGCGAGUCAUCCUCACAAGUGCAGUAUCCGGAGACUACAUUAACGCCUCAUACGUGAACAUGGAUAUCCAGGCGUCAGGGAUCAUCAACCGCUACAUAGCCUGCCAGGGUCCUCUAGCAGGCACCUGUACCGACUUCUGGGAAAUGGUUUGGGAACAGCAGUCAACCCUAAUAGUGAUGCUAACCACAGUUGUCGAACAGGGCAGAGUAAAAUGUCACCGGUACUGGCCUCGCUUGAAUGAGACUGUUGAGUUCGGGACUCUCCAGGUCACUUGUCUGAAGGAGGAGGAGACGCCAGGUUUUGCGUUUAGAGAAUUCACUCUCAUCAACACAGAGACUCAGGAUGAGCGACACAUCACCCACAUGCAGUACCUGGCAUGGCCGGACCACGGUGUCCCUGACGACUCAACAGAAUUCCUCCACUUUGUAACCCAGGUUCGCCAAGCUAGAGCAGGUAUGGUUGAACCCACGAUCGUACACUGCUCAGCGGGCAUUGGGAGGACCGGCGUGCUCAUCUUGAUGGAGACUGCACAGUGCUUGAUUGAGGCCAAUGAGCCAGUUUAUCCACUAGAUGUAGUUAGAGCUAUGAGGGAUCAGCGUGCAAUGAUGAUCCAGACAGCUAGUCAAUACAGAUUUGUAUGCGAAGCAAUUCAGCGAGUGUACUCAGAAGGCCUUGUUAAACCUCUUGCUGAGUACCAGCAGAGAUGAGGGAUUUAAUGUCACUUGAUUAUGGUGACAAAGUGUGACAACUGUGUAUCAGAUGUACAUUUUCUGUGACUGAAGAUAAAGCAUAAGUUAUAGCUGAGCCAUGACAUGACAGCAGAAGUAUUCUGCUGUUUCCUGUGAUGGAAGUGGCAUAAAGAUAAAGACAGAAUGAGGCAUGCUGGUUGUAAAAGUGAGGAAAUAGAGCAAGCAUACUGUGUAUAUAUCCUAUAAUAGGAGCUUGAAAACAAUUUAUCCUACAAUAGGAGUCUGGAAAAGAAUUUAUACCAUUACUGAAAUCCGUGUUCUGCCUCGAGAGGAUGAAUCUCUCUGGGGCCCAAAGCUACCACAGUUGUAGAUAGUAAAAUAAAUUGCUAAAAGUAUUUAUGAAUAAUGUGAGCUAUAUCAAUGACAUUAAAAUAAUAAAGAGCACUGCUCAUUCCCUGUAUGAAAUCGAGCAUGUCCAGACUAUCUUUUGAAUCAAUGUAAACAUCAAAAUGAUCAUUGCUCAAGACCUAUUUAUUCGCCAGUUCCACAGCAACAGCGAAAUGAGGUACUUUCAAAUUCCUCGAUAAUUGUGUGUUCAUAUAUACACACUCUCAUAGUGUGUUGUUGAAACACCUUGUGUGUAUGUGCAUGCAUUAGUUGGUUACCAAAAUGCCUGUACAUAAUCAUGUGCACUGGAGUGUGAAUACUGUAGAUAAUACAAUCUUUUUAAAAGACAGAUCCUAACCCUAGUAGUGUUUCUACUGUACAGGAUAUUUUCUAUUUACUAUUAAAAAAGAUCAGUAGUUACACAUCAGACACUCUGACCCUCACCACUCAAGCCUUUGUGAAACAUGUUGCAGAUUUUUGUGUCACCAUACUGAUAUUGGGAAUGAACCGAAAAUUUGUAUGGAUGUCCUUAACCCAGUAGUUCAUUUGGUGAGGGUGUUAUGGAGCAGUGGAAAUUGGUGACAUAAAAUGGUGUUAACAUGUACACUGCCAAAGUUUCACUCUUGUUUGCCAGGGAUGCUACUCUUAACUUCAAGAAAACAGUCCAGUUAAGCACAAGAUGUGGUGUGUUAUUAAAUUGUUGCUGUUACUUUAUGUUCUCCAGUUUUGGCAGAUUGUGACCUAGUACUGGCACUUUGCUGCUAAACUGAAUGCGAUAUGUUAUGGCAUUGUAGUAACAUAAUAGUACAGGGUAUUUCACCACAGUGCCUCUCUAAAGUAUUCUUUUUGGAAAUAGUGCACAUUACUACUGGAUGUGAGUAUUGACAAUGUCUCUUAGCACCCCAAGCAUUACAAGGGCUAGCCACUCCCCCCACAGUCCUGGGACCCACAUGUGCCUUUCUCUUGUUGUAAGAGCCUGCCUCAAGCAACUGACAAUCCCCACACUGAUGGUAUACACUCAUCAUCAGAUAGAAAUGCUGUUGUUUUAACAGUGUUGCACAGCACAGUGCCUCUGACUCAAUAACUUCACUUUGAAGGUAUUUUGACCUACUAUUCCUAGGCAGUUUUCCUAUGCUGAAAUUGAGAUGUAAAGUGGGUGUAGGAAUUAUUCUCUCAAAGGCUCUUUAUUGCCUUCUAGGUUUUUUUUUACCCUAGGGCAACUUGGGUGCUGCUGCCCUACACCACUCAGGGUAUGGUAAACACACUUAGAACACAUUAUGCCUUUGGUCGAGCAUUUUAAUGCGCAAAUUUUACCUGGUCAUGAGUUUAUGUAAUGUAUGUGGAAAAAGAAUUUUUCUUGUAUGGUUGAAUGCUGAACUUGUCCUCAGACAUUAAGAUAUUAAAAGCAAACAUUUUUUUUUUCCUUUCCUUAUCCAAACCUCUGGCUAGCUUGCCCACCAAGUAGUUUAGUCUUAGAGGCUCCUGACAGGCUCAAGAUGUCACUGUUAAUAUGGAAAAAAGGCAAAGUUUGAUCUUUUUGAUUUCAGGAAUAAAUCUCAUGUUUGCAAUCUCUGUAUGCAAGGAAUUGGUUCUGUUUAAGAAUGGUUCUAGUCAUUUGUAUUGUAAAGACACGAACCAACAUUGAAAGAGUACACCUAAAAAAGAAAAAAAUAAGACUGGGGUCAUACCUUUUUUGUAUUUGAAAAUUUCAGACCCAAAACCUCAAAUUUUGUGAAUGUUGGUUUGGUAUGUACAGGAUUAACAGUUGUGUGUGCUUUUUACCUUCAGUAUUAAGUGCAAGACCUACAUUCUUUCUCCUGCAUUUGUUCUCAUUUCACUUGUACUUUUCAUGCAACCCACUUGUAUACUUGUGAAAUCCCUCUUUUUAGAUUUUUCAACUUCCAUGAUUUUUUUUUCUCAUGUGUGGUUAACAUAGGAUGUUACAAAUGAAUUACCAAUAAUUUUUUCUUGAUCCAACCUGCAUCAGAGUGAAAGAAGUAACACUGUCCUUCAUAUAACUUGAUACCCUUGGUGACCAGUGAUAUGUUCUCAGCAGUAUUUUUAUUAGACAGAUUCUGGGAUACAGUUUUUAAAAAGUAAGGCAGAAAUAAGUGGCAAUGAAAGUAUUGCUGAGGCAAACUUUAUCUGGUCAGGUACAUUCAUACUAGUGAUGAAUCUACUGUUUAUCACAACCAUUAGGAAGUGCAUUGCAGUGCACCGUGUAUGAAUUUUGCUGAAAUGGUUUAAAACUUAUCCUGAUUUGUCAUAUUUUAAGUAAUGUAAAUCAGUGUGACAGGGAAAAAUUGUGUUGUAUUUGACACAAAUGAGCAAUAAAGGAAAAUGGUUUGUAA